AUGCUUCUCCCAUCGGCCUUCUCGUGCGACGGCGGAGCGCAAGCCACGCCUCUGCCCCGAUCCCAGCCCACCCGCUUCGCAUCGCCGCCCUCCAGCCCGUCGACGCUGUCCGCGCAGUACUCCAUCGACAGCAUCAUGAACACCUGCCGCUCGCUCCAGUCGCUCAUCUCCAUGACCGCCUCCGGCGCCGACCAAGGCGCGCUCGCGCCCGCGCCCACCCUGACGCAGCUCCCCACGCCGCCGCUCGCGCACGCCCCGACGCCCAUGAAGCUGCGGUUGCGAGCGCGCCCCGUCAGCAAGACGGCGGACGGCAAGGGCGGCGACGAGACGACGCCCGUCGCGAGGAAGAGGAUCGCCAGGCGCGCGCCCCCGCGAGGCGCCAACAAGCGCCGGCGCGCAGACAGCGACGACAUGGGGCGCGACGACGACUACUGCUCCUCCUCCUCCUCCUCCUCCUCCGACAUGGACACCGAGGCCGAGCUGGACGCGGCCGAGGCGCUGCGCAACAACAUGCUGCCGCCCUUUACGUCGUCAUCGCCGCAAGCGCCGUCGACGCCCAAGCGCGCGCGCAUCUCGCCCGAACAGCUGCCCCUGGGCCUGGAGCGCGCCGACUUCCACAACGUGCACCUCCUCGAGGGCGGCGACCAGAGCGCGCGCAAGCCCGGGACGGACGUGCAGGUCGAGGCGGACGGCGCGGAGUGGAGCGUCGAGGACGACCGCGUGCUGGUCGAGCUGGUGCUGGAGAAGCUGAAGCUGUCCAAGAUGGAGUGGCAGGACUGCGCGCGCAGCCUGGGCAAGGACCGCCACAGCGUGAACCGGCGCUGGAAGAGCCUCGUCAUGAACGGCGACAUUGGCGUCAAGACGAGGAGUCGCCGGGCGCGGAUCCAUUCUACCUGGCGAUGUUGA